UUGCGGGGGACGGGGCGGCGGUGCUACGGGUCACAGUGUAGCGGAGCCGGGCGGGGGCGGCGGGGCGGGGCGGGGGCUGCGGAGCCGCCGAAGCCGAGCGGCCGAGGCCCCAGAACAAAGGAGCCCGAGCGGCGGCGCGCGCGCGGCCCGGCCCGAGCUGGAGCGCGCCCCCCUCCCCGCGCCCCCUCGGCGGAGCGGGCCUCCCUCCCCUGUCUGGCAGACCGGCGGGGGAGGGGGGCGCGGCGGGGCUGCCGGCGCGGGCUACCCCGGGCGCGCCCCCGUCCAGGCCGCUUCCGUGCCGGGGGCGCUCGGGCAGCCCAGCCGAGUGAAGCUCUCAGCAAACUUUAUUUUGAAAGCCCUGCUCCCUCGGGGAGGGCCCAGCGACCUCCAGUGAGGGGCAACGCUGCCUUCUUCUCCAUCAUCCUGCCCCCCGGAGGACAAGUACCAGGAGAACCUCCUCAACCUGCCCAGCCCCCACCACACACCCACCUGCUCACCUCAUGCCUGGGUCCAGGGUGGGUGAGGGUGAAGAACCCGCCCAGCCAAGAUGAUCCCUUCUCUGGGGACCGCUGCUGGUGUCCUGCCCCAGAUCCCGGGCUCCAGCAGAUGGGAGAGUGGCCCCCGACUGAGCCCGGCCAGAGUGCUGCAGAGGAGGUGAAGAGGCGCCCAUCCUGGAUACUGGAGUUACUUGCCUUCACCCUUGUGCACUCUUGACUGUCUUAGGAGAGAAGGACCUGGUGGAGGGCCUUGGCGGGCAGGCAGGGCACUGGACCGCGGCCCUUCUCUGGAACCUAUGCCCCUGCCCCUGGCAGCACUAUGAGCCAAUUUCAGGUGCCCCUGGCGGUCCAGCCGGAACUGCCAGGCCUUUAUGACUUCCCUCAGGGCCAGGUGAUGGUGGGGGGUUUCCAGGGGCCUGGGCUCCCCAUGGCUGGGAGCGAGCCCCAGCUCCGAGGGGGUGGAGAUGGGCGAAAGAAACGAAAACGGUGUGGUACCUGUGAGCCUUGCCGGCGGCUGGAGAACUGCGGGGCCUGCACCAGCUGCACCAACCGCCGCACGCACCAGAUCUGCAAACUGCGCAAGUGUGAGGUGCUGAAGAAGAAGGUGGGGCUUCUCAAGGAGGUGGAAAUAAAGGCUGGUGAAGGAGCCGGGCCGUGGGGACAAGGGGCUGCUGUCAAGACAGGCUCAGAGCUCAGCCCAGUUGAUGGACCUGUUCCAGGUCAGAUGGACUCAGGGCCAGUGUACCAUGGGGACUCACGGCAGCUAAGCGCCUCAGGGGCGCCUGUCAAUGGUGCUAGAGAACCCUCCGGACCCAGUCUGCUAGGGGCUGGGGGUCCUUGGCGAGUAGACCAGAAGCCCGACUGGGACGCUGCCCCGGGCCCAGCUCACACUGCUCGCCUGGAAGAUGCCCACGAUCUGGUGGCCUUUUCGGCUGUGGCCGAAGCGGUGUCCUCUUAUGGGGCCCUUAGCACCCGGCUCUACGAAACCUUCAACCGUGAGAUGAGUCGCGAGGCUGGGAACAACAGCAGGGGAGCCCGGCCGGGGCCCGAGGGCUGCUCUGCUGGCAGCGAAGACCUGGACACGCUGCAGGCGGCCCUGGCCCUCGCGCGGCAUGGCAUGAAGCCGCCCAGCUGCAACUGCGAUGGCCCGGAGUGCCCGGACUACCUCGAGUGGCUGGAGGGCAAGAUCAAGUCUGUGGUCGUGGACGGCGCGGAGGGGCGGCCCGGGCUCCCAGGGACUCUGCCUUCUGCUGAGGCUGGCCUCCAAGCGCCAAGCCCCAGGCCAGUGCUCAGCUCCGAGGUCCCCCACAUACCUCCCCCUGAGGGCCUUCCCCUGUCCCAGAGCGCCCUGAGCAUCGCCAAGGAGAAGAACAUCAGCCUGCAGACGGCCAUCGCCAUCGAGGCCCUCACUCAGCUCUCCUCUGCCCUCCCUCAGCCUUCCCACUCCACCUCCCAGGCUUCCUGCCCCCUCCCUGAGGCCUUGUCCCCUCCUGCCCCUUUCCGGUCCCCCCAGUCCUACCUCCGGGCCCCCUCGUGGCCUGUGGUCCCUGCUGAAGAGCAUGCACCCUUCGUUCCUGACAGCCCCGCCUUCCCUCCAGCAACUCCUAGACCCGAGUUUCCUGAAGCCUGGGGCACCGACACCCCACCAGCAACUCCGAGGAGCUCUUGGCCCCUGCCCCGCCCAAGCCCUGACCCCAUGGCCGAACUGGAGCAGCUGCUGGGCAGCGCCAGUGAUUACAUCCAGUCAGUAUUCAAGCGGCCCGAGGCCCUGCCCUCCAAGCCAAAGGUCAAGGUGGAGGCGCCUUCUUCCUCCCCAGCCCCGUCCCCAUCCCCCAUGCUCCAGAGGGAGGCUCCGGCACCCUCCACAGAGCCUGACACCCACCAGAAAGCCCAGACCGCCCUGCAGCAGCACCUUCACCAUAAGCGCAGUCUCUUCCUGGACCAGGCCCAUGAUGCCUCCUUCCCCCCGCCCACCGAGCCUCCUGCUCCAGGCUGGUGGGCCCCAGCAAGCUCACCUGCCCCACGGCCUCUGGACAGACCACCUAAGGAGAAGAAGAAGAAGCCGCUGGCACCAGCUGGAGGUCCCCCGGGAACCGAGAAGGUGGCCCCCGGGAUCAAGCCCAGUGUCCGGAAGCCCAUUCAGAUCAAGAAGUCCAGGCCGCGGGAAGCACAGCCUCUCUUCCUGCCACUGCGGCAAAUCGUCCUAGAAGGGCUGAGGCCCCCGGCCUCUGAGGAUGUGCAGGCACAGCCACCGGCCCCUGUCCCCACUUCCCAGGGCUCUGCUGCCCCCCUGCCCCCAGAACCUUCUCUUGCGCUAUUUGCACCUAGUCCCUCUGGGGACAGCCUGCUGCCCCCUACUCAGGAAAUGAGAUCCCCUAGCCCCAUGGCGACCCUGCAGCCGGGCUCCACCGGCCCUCUUCCCCCUGCUGAUGACAAGCUGGAAGAGCUCAUCCGGCAGUUUGAAGCUGAAUUUGGGGAUAGCUUUGGGCUUCCUGGCCCCCCAUCUGUGCCCAUUCAGGACGCCGAGAACCAGUCAACAUGUCUCCCAGCCCCCGAGAGCCCUUUUUCUACCCGCUCCCCCAAGCAAAUCAAGAUUGAGUCUUCGGGGGCUGUGACUGUGCUCUCAACUACCUGCUUCCAUUCGGAGGAGGGAGGCCAGGAGGCCACACCCACCAAGGCCGAGAACCCCCUCACACCCACCCUCAGUGGCUUCCUGGAGUCACCUCUUAAGUACCUGGACACGCCCACCAAGAGUCUGCUAGACACACCUGCAAAGAGAGCCCAGGCCGAGUUCCCCACCUGCGACUGUGUUGAACAAAUAGUGGAGAAAGAUGAAGGUCCGUAUUAUACUCACCUGGGAUCUGGCCCCACGGUAGCCUCUAUCCGGGAGCUCAUGGAGGAGCGGUACGGAGAGAAGGGGAAAGCCAUCCGGAUCGAGAAGGUCAUCUACACUGGGAAGGAGGGAAAGAGCUCUCGAGGCUGCCCCAUCGCCAAGUGGGUGAUCCGUAGGCACACGCUGGAGGAGAAGUUGCUGUGCCUGGUGCGGCACCGGGCAGGUCACCACUGCCAGAAUGCUGUGAUUGUCAUCCUUAUCCUGGCCUGGGAGGGCAUCCCCCGCAGCCUCGGAGACACCCUCUACCAGGAGCUCACCGACACCCUCCGGAAGUAUGGGAACCCCACCAGCCGGAGAUGUGGCCUCAAUGAUGACCGGACCUGCGCUUGCCAAGGCAAAGACCCCAGCACCUGUGGUGCCUCCUUCUCCUUCGGCUGUUCCUGGAGCAUGUACUUCAACGGCUGCAAAUACGCUCGCAGCAAGACGCCGCGCAAGUUCCGCCUCGCAGGGGACAACCCCAAGGAGGAGGAAGUACUCCGGAAGAGCUUCCAGGACCUGGCCACCGAAGUCGCUCCCCUGUACAAGAGGCUGGCCCCCCAGGCCUAUCAGAACCAGGUGACCAAUGAGGAAAUAGCGAUUGACUGCCGUCUGGGGCUGAAGGAAGGGCGGCCCUUCUCGGGGGUCACAGCCUGCAUGGACUUCUGUGCCCACGCCCACAAGGACCAGCAUAACCUCUACAAUGGGUGCACUGUGGUCUGCACUCUGACCAAGGAAGACAAUCGCUGCGUGGGCAAGAUCCCCGAGGAUGAGCAGCUGCAUGUGCUCCCGCUGUACAAAAUGGCCAACACGGACGAGUUCGGCAGUGAGGAGAACCAGAAUGCCAAGGUGGGCAGCGGGGCCAUCCAGGUGCUCACCGCCUUCCCCCGCGAGGUCCGGCGCCUGCCUGAGCCUGCCAAGUCGUGCCGCCAGCGGCAGCUGGAAGCCAGGAAGGCGGCGGCCGAGAAGAAGAAGAUGCAGAAGGAGAAGCUGAGUACUCCCGAGAAGAUCAAACAGGAGGCCCUCGAGCUGGCCGGUGUCACCACUGGCCCAGGCCUGGGCCUGAAGGGUGGACUUCCCCAGCAAGGCCUGAAGCCCUCCCUCAAAGUGGAGCCCCAGAACCACUUCAGCUCCUUCAAGUACAGCGGCAAUGCGGUGGUGGAGAGCUACUCGGUGCUGGGCAGCUGCCGGCCCUCCGACCCCUACAGCGUGAACAGCGUGUACUCCUACCACUCCUACUAUGCACAGCCCGGCCUGACCUCCGUCAAUGGCUUUCACUCCAAGUACGCUCUUCCGUCGUUCAGCUACUAUGGCUUCCCAUCCAGCAACCCCGUCUUCCCCUCACAGUUCCUAGGUCCUGGCACCUGGGGACACGGUGGCAGCAGCAGCAGCUUUGAGAAGAAGCCAGACCUCCACGCUCUGCACAACAGCCUGAGCCCGGCCUACGGUGGUGCUGAGUUUGCCGAGCUGCCUGGCCAGGCUGUUCCCACGGACACCCACCACCCCACUCCUCACCACCAGCAGCCUGCUUACCCAGGCCCCAAGGAGUAUCUGCUUCCCAAGGCUCCCCAGAUCCACCCAGCAUCCAGGGACCCCUCUCCCUUUGCACAGAGCUCCAACUGCUACAACAGAUCCAUCAAGCAAGAGCCAGUGGACCCCCUGGUCCAGGCUGAGUCUAUACCCAGAGACCCUGGUAAGAUGGGCAAAACACCUUUGCCCGAGGCUUCUCAGAAUGGGGGGCCCAAUCACCUCUGGGGACAGUACUCAGGAGGCCCAAGCAUGUCCCCCAAGAGGACUAACAGUGUGGGCGGCAGCUGGGGUGUGUUCCAUCCUGGGGAGAGCCCUGCCAUCAUCCCCGACAAGCUCAGUUCUUAUGGGACCGGCUGCCUGACCCCUUCUCACUUCCCGGAUGGCCAGUGGGGGCUGUUCCCUGGGGAGGGGCAGCAGCCAGCACCCCAACCCGGAGGACGGCUUCGAGGCAAACCGUGGAGCCCCUGCAAAUUUGGGAACAACACCUCGGCCUUGGCCGGUCCCAGCCUGACUGAGAAGCCUUGGGGGGUUGGGGCCGGGGAUUUCAACUCUGCCCUGAAAAGCGGUCCUGGGUUCCAAGACAAGUUGUGGAGCCCCCUGAAAGGAGAGGAGGGAAGGAUUCCAACCCCGGGGGCAAGCCAGCUGGACAAAGCCUGGCCGUCCUUUGGCGUGCCCCUGGGCUCCAGUGAGAAACUGUUCGGGGCCCUGAAGUCGGAGGAAAAGCUGUGGGAUCCCUUCAGCCUGGAGGAGGGGACAGCCGAGGACCCCCCCAACAAGGCGGUGGUGAAGGAGGAGAAGAGUGGGGGCGCGGAGGAGGAGGAAGAGCUCUGGUCCGACAGUGAACACAAUUUCCUAGACGAGAACAUCGGCGGUGUGGCCGUGGCCCCUGCUCACGGCUCGAUCCUCAUCGAGUGUGCCCGGCGGGAGCUGCACGCCACCACGCCCCUCAAGAAACCCAACCGCUGCCACCCCACCCGCAUCUCGCUGGUCUUCUACCAGCACAAGAACCUCAACCAGCCCAACCACGGGCUGGCCCUCUGGGAGGCCAAGAUGAAGCAGCUGGCGGAGAGGGCCCGGGCGCGACAGGAGGAGGCCGCUCGGCUGGGUCUGGGCCAGCAGGAGGCCAAGCUCUACGGAAAGAAGCGCAAAUGGGGGGGCGCCAUGGUGGCCGAGCCCCAGCAUAAGGAGAAAAAGGGGCUUGUCCCCACACGGCAGGCGCUGGCCGUGCCCACAGACUCCGCAGUCACCGUGUCCUCCUACGCCUACACGAAGGUCACUGGCCCCUACAGCCGCUGGAUCUAGGUGCCCGGUGCCAGGGAGCCAGUGUACCUCAGCGUCGGGCCCGGCCCGAGCUGCCUCUGUGGUGCUUUUGCCCUCACACCUGGGGGCGGGUUGGGGGUGCAGAAGUCUUUAUAUAUACAUAUAUAGAUACGCAUAUAUAUGUAUUUAUGGUCCAAACCUCAGAACUGACCCGCCCCUCCCUUCCCCAACUUCCCCAGCACUUUGAAGAAGAAACUACGGCUGUCGGGUGAUUUUUUUCGUGAUCUUACUAUUUAUAUCUCCAUGUUGGUUUUUUUCUCCCUUCCCCCCCCCUUGUUGGGGGGGCUUUUAUUUCCUCUUGUUUUUAAAACUCUAUCCUUGUAUAUCACAAUAAUGGAAAGAAAGUUUAUAGUGUCCUUUCACAAAGGAGUAGUUUUAAAUUCCAUUUAAAAUGUGUAUUUAUUGGAUUUUUUUAAAAGCGACAAUAGUAAUGGUAAAGGAGCGGCGGGAAAGGCCAAGAGCGCACAUUCCUGCCCAGUCUUGCUGGGCCCUGUGAGCCUCGCCCUCUUGGGAGCUGGCAAGGUUCUCUCAGCCAUCUGCCCCUCACGAGCCAAGUGCAGACUGUAGCCGCCCGGUCCACCCCUCCUGACCGCUACACCUUCCCUUCAGGGGAGGGAGCCCUCAGGACAGCUUCCGUCCUCUCCAACAGGAUGGGAGAAUCUGUAAAGAAAUAUCCGGGGUCCCUUUUCCAGUCACCGGCUUGGAGUCGGGGACCGGGAGGCAGGCGCACCCCCAGGCCAGGCACCGGAGAUGCCGGCGUCGAUUUCCCCGGUAAACCAGGUUGGAAGUAGACAGCUUUGAGCUUGCUAGUCUCCACACUGAAUCCUCUGUCCAUUGUCGAUCAAGUCCCAUGAUGUCACAGUUCCCCAGGCAGCACCUCCUUGCAGGAGCUGGAGUUGAGAGGCUCUUUGGAGCCUCUUCCCCCCGGGUUGACAAGCCAAUGAAUGCUGGGCUGAAGGAAUUUGUCGUAGUGGCAGGUUUUUUUUGUUAAAAAAAAAAAAUGCCCCAAAGCCUAUGCUGAUACUGAAAAAGGGCUACUGUAUCUCUAAACGCAAGAAGCUGAACCCAAGCUGUGAAAAGCCGGCGUCGGCCCACGGCGCGGCGCUGUGCAGAGCCUGGUGCUGUAGGACGGAGCUGGGACUCCGGGGCAGGUGGCGUCCUGCGGGAGCCCGGCCCUGCUGCGUGACAGCAAUUAGUGCAUCUCUCUGUUCCUGGAUCUCCACAUCAGACGAUGGUGCAGGCCUCCCCACCCGGGGCCCACCCUCUCCAUGCUCUCCCGGGCGGGGGUGGGCUUACCCUCAGCAAUUUUAAAAUGCAGGAGUCCAACGUUUUCAGCAGGUAGCUAUGAUUUUCCUCCCUAAUUGGUGCCAUUUCUCAAUUUGAUCAUCUUCUCCUUUCCUUCCUUCCCCACCCCCAUCCUCAACGGGCCCCUUCUAAAAUUCUGGUGCAUUCGUUUGGUUCUUUGAAAUGAGAAUGUGGUGCUUCAUUUUUGCAACUUUGUCAGAGAGGUUGGGCGUGGCUGGUAGAAGCAACUUCCGUGGACAGCAAGUCAGACUCCCUGGCGUGUGUGUUUUUCCUGUGGUGUGAGCGACGUUUCCAUCAGGCUGCCCGUGUGGAUGUGUGUGGUGAGUGGAAGGCUUCAGCAGGACACACGGAGGGGACCGUGGCCACACGGUGAAUGACAACCAAGCCCUGAGAUACAGGUCAGAUAUUUAUUGAGCAGUUUUAUUCAGACGUGGGUCUUUGUAAAACGAGUUUAACAAUCAGAUGACGAUACUGAAGGCAAGUUCCUGAGCUUCCAGGUGCCUUGUGUAAGAGCUGAGAACCGACCCGCUGGGUGUUUGCUGUAACUAGUCAGACGCACGGGCGGGGAGUCGCUGUCAGAUGUCCUGAGCAUUUAUGUGGUCUGGUUUUAACUGUACAUAGUGAAAGAUUUUUUUAAGCACUUUUGCCUAGAUUUAAACAGCAACUUGAAAAAAAAAAAGUAUGUUUUAACAUGUAAUUGUGGGAGAAAUUGUAAAUAGUAGCUGAAUAUUUAACGUGCUUUGUCUAUCCUUCACUUUUACCAUAUUCUGUAAAGUUGCAUUUAUUUUACAGGACAAAAAUGAAAUAUUAUUGCUUUUGAAAUAAAUACCCAAGAGCUUUUGAAAUAAAUACCCAAGAGCUUAUCAGGAUUUAGAAUUAUUCAGAACUCAGAUUUAUAGGAAAACCUCUGACCUUCAGUUUGACAAGCUAAAGGAAGCAGAGUCUUUAAUAAGCAUGCUAAUUUUCUAGUUUUGAGGAAAAGUUGGGUCCUUUAAAUGCUAUUUUGCUUAUCGCAUCAGUACUUUUAUGCAGGUCUCAUUUGACUCCGUGCUUAGGUAGAUGCGGGGGUGCCUUGAAAACUUCAUUUUAAAUGAUCUUAAGCAAGAAAUACAAUAUUUUACGAACCAUUUGGAGAAUGUGACCGUCUGUAUGACCCGGGAAAAACCCCAGGUUGGCUGUUGGUUUGGAAGGUCCCGAGUGUAACCCAGGUGAUUCGGAUACUUGGCAUGUGUGAAUCUUCCUGAUGUCUGUUAAAUAUUCUCUUCCCCUCGUCACCCUUUGGUAGCAAAGCCAUUAGAUGAAAGGAGAAACCGUUACAGGCUCAAAGCAUGUGAUGUCUGUCCCCGCAGCCCCAACAGCCUUUGGUCCGUAACUUUCUAGACUAGCACCAAGGCUGCUGAGAGCUGAGUCAAGAGGCGGUCUCCAUUGGAUGUUCCCGUUCCCCUGACAAUGGUGUUUCACAGAUUAGGUGGUGCUGUUGCCAUGCUCGAGUCCAUGCUGAUUUUUACACACUACAUGUAUAACCUACCUCAAAUCUCAGUCAUUAAAAUUAGCAUGCUUUAGACGUAUAUUUAAAAAGUAACUAUGCACAGCUCCUUAUUCCCCCCCCUUGCUGCUGAAGGUUUCUUAGAGAAAAAUCAAAUUUUUAUUUUUUACUGGCACUAUCAUUUUUUAAGUCCUAAAGAUGAUUAACAGACAUUUUUAUCAUGAGAAGAAAAAUAAAGCCAUUGCAACUAAAGAACCUAACAGCAUGACCAAGUUGUAGAGUAAUAUUAUAGCAAUGAGAAGUGAUGGAGUCCUAGAGUCCUCUCCCCAGUGUGCCCUGUCCACAGACGCCAGCCACAUGCAGUGCGGAUAUCUGGGUCCCCCUGUGUUUGGUUUCCCCUGCCUUCUGCAUGCAAGGGAAGUGCUUGCAAAGUUCUGUGCUAAGAGAUUUUUUAAAUAAUCGCUUUGCGGCAGGUUCUCACAAAAUAACUGGUGCUAGCUCAAGAACCCAUUAUCAGAAAUCUUGACUAAAGUUGUUGCGUGGAUUUUGAGGUUUCAUUGUUUCUUUUGUCGUCGUUUGGGUUUUUGUUUUGUUGGUUUUGGGGAGUUUUGUUUUUGUUUUGGAGGUGUUUUCUUUUUUGCUAGGGCCUAAGUUUCCCACAUGCUGGCUUCGUGGGUACUGCUUGCCCUCUCGCUGGGGUAACCGUGGUGUGCAUGGAAAGAGAUCAUACCCUGCCCCUCUUGGUCCUUCCACCAGCCUCUUGUGGAAACGGUAGUUUAUAAGCAAGGGGUUUUUUAAGUGCUAAAGCCAAGAAAGGAGCAGAGCUCAAGGGCUUUGUACCAAACAGCCCUAGAUGUGUGAAGACGGUUGAUGAGUAGAUGGUAACCUGAUUUCACGGAGAGAAAUCCAGCUAGACUUUGUGAAGUUGAACCACCGCCAGAUCUCAAAACCAAGGCGAUGCUGGCGGAAAAUUUAAGUAAUAUCCCUGACGUGCCUCAACCAAUCUCUUUCCUUUUGUUACGGAAGUGUGUUUUAUGGACUAGGAAGCAUUUUUAUGAAUUGAAAUAGUCUAAAUAAAAUGGUGCUAUGGUGUUUUAAUGUGACUGUCCCUGAUCCUGUCCUGCUGAGGUGCUAUCAAGGUUCUGAAACCAAAACCAACCAAAAACAAGGUGGGCUCCAGUCUCUCUUGGCUUCCCCCCUCCCCUUUUGGUGCUGUCUCCUAGACCUCUGUUUACCGUGCUAAAACCUGCUCUGAGCAGUUUUUGUUUCGUUUUAUUCUUCUUCCCUUGGUGGCCGAACACAGAAAGGCAAGUUCUGAAGGCAGCCGGCUCCCUAACAGUGACGGGAGUGGGCCUGCCUGGCUUGGCAGGGGCUCUGGUGACACGUGUGUCCCUUCACGCCUGAUAAGAAAGGAAGGGUGAAGGGCUUCUUUUGAGGAAGGGGAGUCUGGUACUCCUGCCCCUUCUACCAUGGCAGGCAUUCUCGUAGCCAAGGACACACACUUUCCCCUGCAGCCCAGGGUGCCAAGUAGGCACCGCUGAGGGUCUCAAAGGCCCUCGCCUACUAAGGCGUUCCACAGGGACCUCCUUCCUCCCCUGGCACUGGCCAGGGCCCUGGUGCGCGGCAGGCUCGUUCCUCUGCUCCCCGCAACCCUGGCCCCAGCCUUGCUCCUGCCUGUCCCUCCUCGUGUUCCAACUAAAGGAAGGAGCUUUCUUUGCUCACUUGAUGCCACUGAGACUGCUUUUUAGUUGGUGCUACUCUCCAUUUCCUCUUGGGUCCACAAAAGUUGAUGUUGGAGAAACGUAACAGGAAGCUCCAUUUUGUGUCAUCCACUGUCACAGUAAUUUUUUUAAAUACCUCAAAAACAGGACAUUGUGACAACUUCAGUAGAUUCCGCGAGGGUCUGACACCUGCAGGUUGUCCCAUCGCUGACUGACUUGACCUUGAAGCAUCUGGGGUCAUUUUAUUUUUCACUCUUCGGCAGUUAAUCAUGGCAGAACAGCGAAAGGAAUGAGUGUGGUUGACUUUCUUUCAUUUUCUUGGUCAGUUUUGCUUUCGGAUACAAUGUGAAUCCCCCGUGCCCAUCUCACUGAGCUUUGGCAGGCGUUGUUGCUGUCAUUUGACAUGACUUCCUCGAAACCUACUUUAUCAGCCAGCUGCAUCUGCUGGAGUACGCGGCCAACUUGGACAUACCCUGGACCAAAAUUUUUUGAGGUGCGUAUCCUAGCAUAGGUUAUAUACGGCCCCACCCCAUGUGUGCGUAGAGUUUCCGCGUGCGACCCUGUCUUGGCGCUCCUAGCCCUUCCUCCCACAGAGCAGAGCAAUAGGCUUCUCCCCUGAGCAGAGGCUGCAGCACAGAAAUGCAAGGUCUAAAGUUGCUUUUGGCCUAAGGAUCAGUGCGUGAUUUGGCCGACUUCCUCGUUUGCUUCUCUUCUGAUAUCAGGGAUGCUUUUUGUAGUGGUGUCAUUUGCGCUCUUCUCAUUUUGACUACCCGUCAUUCAGGGAAAAUUCAUCACUAUUCACAUGGGGAUUGAAAAAAUACUAUUUGGCUCAUUUGAACAUCCAAAAUUUUCUUGAUUCCAGUUCCUUUUUUAAUUUUUUGUUUUUUUUCUUUUGAGGGGAAAAAGGAGGAGAAAAACAGGAGUGAUGUCAUUUCUUUUUCACAUAUUCUAAUUAUAAAAAGAAAUAAGGGCAGGUCAUAUUGUGGCAUAUUAAUGCAUUAGACUUAAUCUGGAACCCCUAUAGCUUUUUGCUGUGUUUUAUUUCUUCUCUCUUUGAAUUCCUGUUUGGUUACUUGGCUUCCAAUGGAGGUGAACUUAACAACCAUACUUGAAUAUUCCGUCUUGACUUUGUAACUGUGGCUACUUGAAAUGAAGUUUAUCUGGGGUUGAUGGAUGAAUGGUAGAUUUUUGCAAUGUCUCAAGGCAAUAGGAUGUGUAUUAUUAAACUGUAGAUAUUCUUAGUACAGUAAAUUUAUGCUGAUAAUUUUAUUUUGUAUAAUUUUUACCUUUUUGUUAAUAUUUUUUCCUCCCACUUUAUUGGUUUGCCUCCUGAGCUACCCCUCCUUACCCUCCCUUCUCCCCCAGUGUUUCAGUAAAUUUAAUUUAGGGUGCCUAGAAAUUGCAAGUAUGUAUCCUUUUUUGAUUUGUAUUUUAUUAUAAUUUACACAAACAACUGGGUUUGUGAACUGUAUUACUCCUGGUAUCUUUAAAAUAUUGUGGGUGUUUUAAUAAAUUUUAUAUUUAUUUUUUGCACUCAAA